UCAGAUACCCGGAUGAGCGGUCUGAUACGUCAAAGUGCGAUGGUUACAGAGAAAUAUCAGACUGCUUGAUGGUGCCAUUGACCAAUCAGAAUCGAGUAUUCAGGCAGCCGUGUAAUAAAUUUAAGUACUGUACACUAUGGUGUGUCUUGACAGGUUUGGCUGUGAUAGAAUGACUGCAACUCAGCCAGCAAUAAAAGCACAGCUGUUAAAAGUCUUGGGCCGUUAUCUUUACAACAAUGCGGGGGUUGGGAUUAGCCAAUAAUAACUUUUGCCUUCAGAGAAGAACAAUUUACGCUUACCUUGUUGAACACUAACCAAAGGAAUGUUUGAACAGGGAGAGAUUGUUUUAGCAUUUGUAGAUAGUAGGAGAAUGUCAAUCAAUGAGCUGGGACAGGUUUAAGUCUGCAAUCCAGGGCCUAUCAUGAGUGGGUGGAUAUAAAACUGAAGUUGUGAAAUCUCAUAUACAAACAAUUUUAUGUACAUGGACACAAACACGCACUCAUGAAACAAAGGAUCUCUUUAUGUUCUUCAAUUAUAGGAUUUUGACUGUUUUUGAUUCUUUCAUUGCACUUUUUUCUUGAGUAUCCAAACCAGCCCAACACAGCAACACUGGCUAAACCAGUGGCGUGAUUUGUGGCAUGACUAUCUAACCAUUUUUUGUCCAUUUGUCUGACCAAUAGCAGACAGGGAAGUGUUUAGGAAACCUAUUCGACAGCUGUUAUUUUUCCACUACUUUUUGGUGACACUUGUGGCUUAGAAAUUACACACUUUGCCUUUCAUUUCUGACAUCAUAACAUUUUAUGACUGAUCUUUGAUUUCUCUCAUUGGUAGAUCAUGAUGCAUCAAAAAGCCUUGACUUGGAUCUAGUGCCCACAUAUCAAUUAAUGAUACCAAGUAAUAGCAGAUUUGCUUCAUGAUCUCUAAGUAUGUUCUAACUUAAUCAUAAAAGAAAUUAAAUAAGUUUUGGAGUAUUCUAAGUAUGUGCAGUGUGUUCAGAGAUCGAAGAGAGACAGUCAAUGUAUAACACUGGGAUUGUUCUCCCAACAUUCCCUAUAACCCCUAUACAUAUCUUGAAAAUUGUUUCUCAACCAAUAAGCUGGCCUCGAGCCACUCCUUGCCGUCGAUAUAAGAGUUUAAAAGACUGUCUCUCAUCCCAUCGCGUUUGAGUUUCCAACAUCUCAACUUUAUGUUUGUUCUGUUAUCCAGAGAUGCUGAACAUGAAGAAAACCGUGAGGUCCUAUAGCAGACAGUCCUCAGUGGGUGUGAACAACAAGAGCUUCUCCUCGAGCAGCUCCUUUGGGAGCAUCUCCAGUGGAGCAGGGGGUGCUGUUGGGGGGUUUAAGGUUGUUGGAGGGUACAAAUCAAGUUCUGGGAUUUAUGGAGGUGGUCUGGAGUUUGGAUAUGGGAUGGGGAUGGUGUCAAGAGAGGGUUGGGGCUCUGCUCCAUCUGUUUGCCCUCCAAUUACAGCUGUGAAGGUCAAUGAAAGUCUCCUAACAACUCUGAACCAGGAGAUUGACCCUAUCAUCCAGGCCAUCAGGACUCAAGAGAAAGAACAGAUCAAGAUACUCAACACUCACUUUGCUUCACUCAUUGACAGACCUUGAACUACAACCUUGAAAGCAGCCAUCUUACAAGUGUCUCAUCCCAAAGUGCUGGGAAAGAUGUCCUUGAUGCAGGCCUGGUGAAGAAAGAACCAAUGAGGAUGACAGUGGCAUUGUGACAAAUAAGAGUUAUAAAGCUGCCACGAUUGUCCUGUGCACAGGGCCAUUGCUUGAAAUCACAGGGCACUGCUACAACCCCUUCCCCUGGGCCAGCAUGUAUAGUGUCCUUUGCUAAGGCAUGGCAGAUCAAAUAGUUUUACAUAAUAUGUGAAUAGUAAAUUUCCAACAAAAGAUUUUUUUUUUUUUUUUACUUUAGUUUACAUGUACAUGAUAUAUUAUAUUAGUGGUUCAGUAUUGUGAUACCUGGUUGUCCUCCCCUGUUGAUAGCCCUAUUUGUGCACAGCAUAAUCUCUUAUUUAUUCCCUUAAUUAUUUCUUUUGCACUUAAAAUAACAAAAGUACCGUCAGUAAAGUCUUUCUAUUUAAACCCAGUCAAAAAGUAGGAGAAAAAUCUUUGUGCACUAUAUGUUGAUUACUGUUAUUUUCACUACAGAAUAUAUUAAAAUAAACUGAAUGCAAAAACAGAUUACCUUGAUUUAAAUAAAAAAUAUAUUUUGAAGUCCUAUUUUGAAAUCUUUAAGCUUUGUAAUAUGCACUCAUUAAAACAGGUGCAACAGAAAUACACUUUGAAGUAACUCCAGUACUUAAAAAUCCUAACUUGAACCCUACUGUUCUUUCUAAUUUUCGCCCUAUCUCUAACUUACCAUUAAUUUCCAAAAUACUGGAAAGAGUUGUUGACUCCUAGUUACAAUCUUUUCUUGUUCAAAAUAAUCUUUUUGACCCCUUUCAGUCUGGCUUUUGCCCACUUCACAGUACUGAAACCGCCCUUGUAAGGGUUGUCAAUGACCUACUACUCACUGGUGACUCUGGUUCUCUCUCCAUUCUUCUAUUACUUAAUCUUAGUUCUGCUUUUGAUACUGUUUGCCAUGAAUUACUUCUCUCCCACCUCUCAGAUGUUGGUGUCACUGGUGUUGCUCUCUCCUGGCUUUCUUCAUACCUCACGGAUAGACAG